AUGUCGAUGGCGCAGGUGUGCUGUGACUCGGCCUCGUCGGCGGUGGUGGUCGGGGCGGAGGCAGAGGCCAGGGCCAGGGCGCGCGCCGGGAGGCGCCGCAGAGCCGGGGACGCGGUGGCCAGGUGGAAGGUCACCGCGGAGGCGCCGCAGGGCGCCGAGGAGGCCGCGGCCACCAGGAAGCGCCGCGCGGCCGGGGGCGAGGGGGUGGCCGCGAAACGCCACGGGUUCACGUCGGUCGCCGGACGCAGGAGGGAGAUGGAGGACGCCGUCUCCAUACGGGAGGCCUUCACCGCCCCGGCCGAGGAGGGGAAGCCCCGGCGCGACUUCUACGGGGUCUUCGACGGGCACGGCUGCUCGCACGUGGCGGACGCGUGCCGGGAGCGGAUGCACGAGCUCGUCGCCGAGGAGCUCGCCGGCGCGGCACAGCCCGAGUCCUGGACCGGCGCAAUGGAGCGCAGCUUCGCGAGGAUGGACGCCGAGGUGACCGCCAGCGGGGGCGGCGACAGCGCCAGCUGCCGCUGCGAGGCCAACAAGUGCGACCACGUGGGGUCCACGGCCGUGGUGGCCGUCGUGGGGGAGCGGCGCGUCCUGGUGGCCAACUGCGGCGACUCCCGCGCCGUGCUCUGCCGCGACGGCGCGCCGGUCGUCCUCUCCUCCGACCACAAGCCCGACAGGCCGGACGAGCUGGAGAGGAUCGAGGCGGCCGGCGGCCGCGUCAUAUUCUGGGAGGGCGCGAGGGUGCUGGGCGUUCUGGCCAUGUCGCGCGCCAUCGGCGACGGCUACCUGAAGCCGUACGUGACGGCGGUCCCGGAGGUGACGGUGACCGACAGGGCGGCCGGCGACGAGUGCCUGAUCCUAGCCAGCGACGGGCUGUGGGACGUGGUCACCAACGAGACAGCCUGCGAGGUGGCGCGAGCCUGCCUCCGGAGGGGCAGAGACAGGUGGUGCGCCGAGGCGGCGGCCAUGCUCACCAAGCUGGCGCUGACGAAGAACAGCUCGGACAACAUCUCCGUUGUCGUCGUCGAUCUCCGGCCAAGGAAUCAUUUGUAG